AUGGCAUCCGACAUGCGCCCGGGCGGGGCCGGCUUCGGCGAGCCGCUGGCCGGGCGGGGGCACCACGGCGGCGGAGGCGGCAGGAGGAAGGGCGCCGCGGGGGCAUCGCCUGCAGGCCACGGGAUGGGCGGGUGGGACGCGGGGAAGGGGGGUGCGUGGGGCGCGACAGGGUUCCGCCCCGCGUUCGCACCGGGCAUGGCCAUGGCGCCGCCUCCCGACUUCCCGGGGAUGGAUCCCAGGGCCGGGUUGCGGGGCCCGGCUUACGGCGUCAUCCCCCGACCGGUGAUGCCGGCGGGGCAGUUCGGCGGGAUGCGCCCCGUGCACAUCCCCCCCGAGCGCCGGAUGCCCGAGCCGUGCUUGGGCGGCGCGGAUCACAGCUCCCCGCGCGAGCUGGCCUCCGAUCCCGGGGACGCCAUCCACCCCCGCGGCGGCAAGCGCUUCUUGGGGAACACGCCCAGGGGCGCCGAGCCGCCCAUGUCCGCCCGGGGUCCCGCGCCCACGGAGCGCGAGAUCUGCAAGUACUUUCUGAGGACGGGCACCUGCGGCUACGGCGACAAGUGCCGGUACCACCACCCGGCCAACGCCGGCCGCCCGGCGCUCAACGCGCUGGGGUACCCCAUGCGCGACGGCGAGAGGCCCUGCAGCUUCUACGUCAAGCACAGCUGGUGCGGCUUCGGCGCCACGUGCAAGUUCCACCACCCGGAGCCAUCCGCCUGGCCCGCGCCGGUGCCCGUGUCGCCGCCGAUGGUGCCGAUCAACGCCAUGAACUACGCCAUGGCUGCUCAGUACGGGCCCCAUCAGCCCGGCGGAGGUUUCUACCCUGUGCAGCGGUUCCCGGCCGUUCACAGGCCCCCGGGGGGGAUGUUUCCAGGCGGCAUGAUUGUGCCCAGUCCCGUGAUGGCGGGGAUGAUGCCAUGGGGCUCCGGUGUGGCGCAGCCGUUUUUCCGUCCUCCUGGGAGGGCCCCGCCGAAUGUGCUGCCCUAUUUUGCCGGUGAUUCAUUGAGGGGGGGAUCGAAUGGGCAUGCAGGUGGGACCCAGAGACAGGUGGGGAAGGUGGCUGGGCGAGGGGGCCAUCAGGGGAGCGCCUACAGCCCUGAGGGAUCUGCCUCGGAUGCCAGCACAUCAUCACUGGUGGAUUCCAACGUGAUGAGCAAGGGGGAAGGUGGACGGGGGUUUGAGGGGCCGGCGGACGGCUAUGGGGAGAGUGGCGGCUUGGAGGGCGUUGAGGAGGGUGAGGAGGAGGGCACUGUGGUGCAGUGA